AUGGACCAAUUUGUUUCGACUGUGAAAUGCCUCACAGAUAAAUUGCUGCAGAAACAGCAGGCAGAUUACAAUGAGGUGAUAGAGAAGAUCUUCGCUGAAGUGUCUGGCCUAGAGGAUCACCUCAAAAUACUGGAUCCACAGCUUGAGGAGUGUGCCAUUCAGCUGUGGAACUGGGCAGUAACCAAGAAUGUGGGCACCACCAUAAGUAAAACUCAGAAAGCCAAAGUGCGCCAUGUCGCAUGUAGUCUUUUGUACUGCUGUGAGCCUGAGAAUCCAACAGAGGGCAUCAUCCGCAAGCAGAUCUUGAUGGCCAGCAAAACAGGAAGAACCUGGCUGGACUGCAAAAAUCUCCAGAUGGCAGAUAAUUUCCUAAGGCUUGCUGUCAAGAGCCUGGAAACCCUCUAUAGCCAGCUAACAUCCAGAGGUGACUCUGCAGCUGACAUUGGCUCAUCCAAAGGCGAUGUGGAGAAGGAUCUGCUUCGAAUUCUCUCCUACCAGGCAGAAUCGGCCAUAAGUCAAGGGAAUAACCAUGAGGCUGUGGCCUGUAUGGACCGCUGUAAAGACAUGCUGCUGCGGCUACCAAAAGAAACUGCGUACCUCUCCCUUUUGUGCUACAACUUUGGAAUAGACACUUACAACAUGAAAAAGUUUGAAGACAGUGCAUUCUGGUUGAGCCAAAGCUAUGACAUUGGGAAGUUGAAUGCGAAAUAUGCUCCUGGAUCUGAAGUCCAGGCAAAGGCUUUGCGGCUCCUCGCCACUGUUUAUUUUGAGUGGGACUGUCAGAGGUUUCAUGAGAAGGCUCUUAAUGCUGUCAGCUUAGCAAACAAGGAAUGUGUGAGUGCCUCUGGGCGGUACUUAAAGAUGAGAAUACUCCUGAGAUGCCGGGCCUCAGAUGAUCAUAUCAGAGCAGGACUUAAUGAGAUGCUGGAAUCUGAGGUUUCUCUUGAGGUGUGUCUUAGCACAGUCAAACUGCUCAUGUCUGAAGACAGAGAAGUGCUGGCAUUUGAGUAUUUAAAACGCGUGGGUCAGCACUUUGAGUCGUCCCCUGACCUCGGAACUGCUCUUGUUUUGCACAUUGAGCUGCUGCUACAGAGAGGCAAAGAGCUUCUGGGCAAACAGAAAAUAGAGGAUAUCAUCACUGGCCACUACACAGGUAAACAACUAAAUCCACAGGCCCUCACAAGUCUACAUGUCAUGCUUUGGGAUAAAGCAUCCAAACACUUUGAGGCCAAAAACUAUUCUGAGGCUCUGCAGUGGUAUAACUACUCCCUGAGUUUCUUUAAGGCAGGUCAGAUGGACUCUAACUUGGCCAAACUGCAGAGGAACAGAGCUUCCUGUUUCCUGCAACUGAAGCAACUAGAAAAGGCAAAAGAAGCAAUUAAAGAGGCAGAGAGAUGUGAUCCUGACAGUAUUUUCACUCAGUUCAGUGUUUACAAGAUUGCAGUGCAGGAGAACAAUGUGGAGAAAGCUGUGGAGGCAGUGAAUGCUAUGGGACUUCUGUCCAGGAGUCCUAUGGCCAGUGAGGACAAACUGCUGGUAUCUGAGAAUGCUGCUUCCAAUCUCCUUAGUCUGGCGGCUCAGAUUGCUUUGGAGAAUGAACAGCAGGACACGGCCAUGAAGGCACUGGAGAGUUUGUGUCAGAACUCCAAAGAUGAAGCUCAGGUUCUGACUGCUCUCAGGUGUUUGGUUCGACUUGUGCUAUCCACAAUAGAAAAAUCCAGUGAUGAGAUGAGGAAUGUGAAUCUGGAUGUCCUGCUUCCAUAUAUUAAAAUGGCUCUGCAGAAAGUUUCACACCAAUCUUGCAUGACUGUUGAGAAACGCACAGAGGAAGCUAACUGGUUUAGGAAGAUUGCUUGGAACUCGGCUCUGCAGUGCGAGAGCAGUCCUGACAGAAUGAGGGAUUUCUUUAUGCUCUCUUACCAGCUCUCCCAGCUGUGCCCUCCUGAUCGUGCACUGCUCAUGGGCCAGAAGACAUGUCUUCUAAUGGCUGCUGCCGCCUCUUUGGAGCUCUGCAGGAAGUCUCCUUACUCUGCCCAGACUGAGGAGCUUACUCAGGCUCUGGAGCAUAUUCAGAUCUGUUGGGAGGUGUGGAAAACUCUGAAAGCAUCAGGAAGCUCCCCAGCGGACCCAACAGACACUCUUCUGCUGUUGUAUGAGUUUGAGGCUCGUGCUAAACUAAAUGACCCCAAGGUUGAGACGGUACUGGAGUCUGUCCUGGAGCUUGAAAAUGUUGAAACCAAAGUGUUAGAGACCAUUGCAGCUUUAGCCAUGGAGCCUCCAGCCCACUUUCCUCUGCUGUGUAAGAAGGCCUUGAGAGUUGCUGUCUCUCUGCACAAGAAACAACCACAGACUGACCUGGCGCACUGCAGCAAGUGUGUUCACAGCCUGAUCAAACUGUCCCUUCCAAACGGUGUGUCAGAGGUGGAGGCCCAUGUACUAGAGGAGGUGUGGGGCUACUACGAGGAGGCCCUGUCCAUCAUUGCAGCCGCACUGGAUGACUUCCCAGAGAUGGAGAUCCUGUGGUUGUUGACUCGAGCUUGGAACACAGGAAUAUUGCUGUACAGCCUGGCUCAGUACCCCGAGGCUGAGAAGUGGUGUGGGCUAGCAAUGAGCUUCGUCCGCCACCUGGGAUCUCUGCAGGAGAGCUACGAGACGCAGAUGUCCAGUCUCUACAGUGAAAUCUUGGACAGGUUGGACAAAGCCAAGAGGAACCUCAUAAUGGAAGAAUAA